AUGACUCGGCUUUUUCGAUCCAAAUCUUGCGGACUGGUCGAGUUCAACUCUGCUUCGCCCAGUUCACUUUUCCAUGAUGUAAAAAAUGAAGACGAAGAUAAUGUAGAAGAUGAAGAGGAAGAAGAAGAAGAAGAACUGGACAGCGAAGAUGAGGACGACGACGAUUAUGGGGAUGAAGAUGUUUCAAGCAACCCGGUUUCGACACCGUUCAUCAAUCCGGGGUCAAAAGUAGGUGCUGGUGUAGAUAACAAAGGUUGGCGUGGUCAUGGAUGCCAAUCGAACCAGAUUGCGAUACUGGAUAUUUUGAUGACUGCGUUGAAGAAGUCGCUGGUUACUUGCAGUGUGGAGAGAGAGGAUGUAUCUUCGUUGGAUAUUAGCUGGCCAACAGAGGUGCGCCAUGUCUCUCAUGUUACCUUUGAUAGGUUCAAUGGAUUUCUCGGUUUGCCCUCUGAGCUCGAGCCAGAGGUUCCCAAGAGGGUCCCCAGUGCCAGUGCAAAGGUAUUUGGAGUUUCUGCAAAGUCAAUGCAGUGCUCGUAUGAUGAAAGGGGAAACAGUGUCCCAACGAUUCUGCUGAUGAUGCAAAAGCGAUUGUAUUCAGAGGGAGGCCUUAAAGCGGAAGGAAUAUUUCGAAUUAAUGCUGAUAACAGCCAAGAAGAAUUUGUGCGUGAUCAGCUAAACAGAGGUCUGGUACCACUUGGAAUUGACGUUCAUUGUUUAUCUGGUUUGAUAAAGGCAUGGUUUAGAGAGCUUCCAACGGGGGUACUUGAUUCCCUCUCACCAGAACAGGUGAUGCAUUGCAACACAGAAGAGGAUUGCACCAAUCUUAUGAAGUUGCUUCCUUCAACUGAAGCUGCACUGCUUGAUUGGGCAAUUAAUUUGAUGGCAGAUGUUGUUGAACAAGAGCAGUUCAACAAAAUGAAUGCUCGCAAUAUUGCUAUGGUUUUUGCCCCCAACAUGACACAGAUGGCGGACCCUUUGACUGCAUUGAUUCAUGCAGUGCAAGUCAUGAACUUCCUUAAGACAUUGAUUCUGAAGACCCUUCGGGAAAGAGAUGAGUCACUUGCCAAGGCAAGACAGCUUUCAUCGCUCUUAGAUUCUCCCUCAUGCAAAGGUGAUUCCCAUCCUUCGGAAGUUAAUAACAGGGAGGAGAAAUCUUGUAAACCAACUGAGGAAACUUGUACCACAAAGCCACCUGUGAGAAGCAAAUUCUCGAGGACUUCUACCUUGGGAAGAAUAGAAUGGUGCAUUGAAGAGAAACUAUGGAGAUCUGAGGAAAAGGGUAAUGAAGGCGGGGAAUCUGAAUCUGUUUCAGGUGGUAGCUCACCUUCUAGAUAUGAUAGUGGAUCAUUAGAGAAUAGAUAUAGAGGUAUAUAUGACAGUGAACAUUGGGUGAGGUUGAGAAAAGGAGUCCGCAGGCUAUGCAGACACCCUGUGUUUCAACUGAGCAAGCCAACUAAGAAACGUGCAAGUCAUGAUAGUGUAAAUUCUAGGGAGGAACGUGGAGAGGCUUGGGCCUAA